UCAGCUGUUUUAAGCAGCCGGGUUUUUAUCGCCUCCGUAAUCCUCAUAAAAAUUACCAUGUUGGGCAGGCUCUUACGAAAACCACGGAUCUCCGGGAGCUUGAGCUGGUCCCGCUGGAGCAGUGAUGCUGCCAAGGCCACUACAGAAGCAGCUCCGUUUGGGGAGAAUCCGGAAAAGCGACAGCAGUUGCUGAACGAACUGGCCGAACCGUUGGAUCAGAAAACCCGGCCCGCCAUCGACCCCAAGGAAACCACUAUAAUGUUAUUUCCCGGCCAAGGUACCCAGUAUGUCGGCAUGGGCAAGGAGUUGCUUCGGUUUCCUGGAGCAAGGCGCAUCUUUGAGAUGGCCAACGAUGUGCUCAGAUAUGAUCUCCUCAAGAUUUGUCUGGAGGGACCACGUGAGAAACUUAACCGCACGGAGCACGCCCAGCUUGCCGUGAUGGUUUCAUCACUGGCUGCCUUAGAGCAGCUGAGGGAGGAGCGACCCAAUGCCAUUGAGACCUGUGUAGCUGCGGCCGGAUUUAGUCUGGGCGAGAUCACUGCUCUGGUUUAUGCGGAUGCCAUUCCUUUUGAUAAGGCCCUGCGGCUAGUCCAGGUUCGGGCCAACGCCAUGCAGGCUGCCUGCGAUCGAGCGGCUGGAGCCAUGUCCAUGGCCAUUUACGGUCCUGAUACGAAUCUGGGCGAAGCCUGUAGUCGAGCGCAGCAGUGGUGUCUGGAUAAGGGAGUGGAGUCCCCAUACUGCGGCAUUGCCAACUACAUGUACCCGCACUGCAAGGUGAUAGCCGGAAACGUAGAAGCCAUUGAGUUCCUCGAGAAAAAUGCCAAAGCCUUGAAAAUCCGGAAGAUGAAGAGACUGGCAGUCAGUGGCGCCUUCCACACUCCCCUAAUGGAAAGUGCUGUGGCGCCCUUCAAGAAAGCCUUGGAUUCUGUUCACAUCCGAGAUCCCGUCAUCAGGGUUUACUCGAAUGUAGAUGGCAAACGCUACAGACACGCCAAGCACAUUUCCCAGCAGCUUCCCAAGCAAAUAGUGCGUCCGGUCAAGUGGGAACAGACCCUCCACGAAAUGUACGAAAGGAAACAGGGAGUAGAAUUCCCCCGGACCUUCGAAUGCGGUCCGGGAAAAGGACUCAUCCAGGUCCUGGAGAAAGUGAAUGCAAAGGCCUCCCAAACGAGUUUCAAUGUUACAGCUUAG